UAGGGUACUUGUUAAGUGCAGCCAUCGACAGUCUCAGUUCUCAGAAAUUUGCUUGCAUCUUACAGAGGAACUAGGUGUUAAAAAUUUUUGCCCAAUAGCUCAGUCUGCAUUUAUCAGCAAACAACAGAGCAGCAGAAGUUGAUUUCUGAAGCACUGCAAACGGCAUCUUACUUUGUGAGAACUCUUCUUCCUAUUCAGUUCUAAAGGAAGACACAAUGAAUUCAACUCCAGCUGCAGAUUAUGAUUAUGAUUUACAAGAUUUAGAGGACUUACAUCUUGGAUACUGCAAGGAAGCAGCAUGUGUAAUCACAGUGAUCUUUAAUGUGAUCAUAUUCCUUCUUGGCAUCACUGGAAAUGGUGCGGUGAUCUGGAUUACUGGUUUUAAGAUGAAGAAGUCAGUGAACACCACCUGGUACCUGAGUCUGGCACUGUCUGACUUCAUUUUCUGUGCUACUCUCCCUUUAACCAUUGACUACAUGGUGAAGAAAAGCUGGAACUUUGGGCUCUUCAUGUGCAAGUUCAACGCUUUUGUUAUGACCCUCAAUAUGUACAGCAGCAUUUUCAUCCUGGUCAUCAUUAGUGUGGAUCGCUGCAUCACUGUCAAGUUUCCCGUCUGGGCCCAGAAUCAGCGCACCGUACAGAAAGCUUCUGUAGUUGUUAUGUUAGCUUGGUUCGUGUCUUCUUUGCUUAGCAUUCCAUCUGCCAAAUUCAGAGAGAUUAAAAAAGAAUCAACAGACGUAUGCUAUGGCGACUAUCAGAAUCACCACAAAACCGUCGUGUUCAUGCGCUUUACUUUUGGGUUUUUGAUUCCAUUCCUAACCAUCUUCACCUGUUACUCCAUCCUGAUCCGUAAACUUAGAGCAAACCAAAUGUCCAAAUCCACCAAGCCCUACAAGAUCAUGACAUUACUGAUCACUACUUUUUUCAUCUGUUGGCUGCCAUUUCAAAUAAUUUCCAUUGUAGAGUUGAACCAAACUGAGCACAGCCCUGCCUUUCACACAGCCCAACAAGUAUCUGCCACUCUCGCCAGUGCAAACAGCUUUCUAAACCCGUUCCUCUAUGCAUUCAUGGCCAAGGACUUAAAGAAGAAAUGCUAUUCCUUUCUUUCCAAGAUUGAGAGCGCCAUCGAUGAGGAGACCCGAAGUGCUUUCAGAGCAACUUCAAUUACCAAUUCUGUGGAUAACAGACUUUCCACUGCUGUCUGAAAUUUUAACAGGAGUCAUGGACUAAAGAUAUUUCUCUUUAUUCUCUUCUAAGUGUGAUUGGAGAAUGCUGGCCUAUAGAAACGACUUGGCAAUUGUUUUGUCUGUUGCAUGUUUGAGUUUGGAAAUUUACAAGUAGAAGUUAAAAAAUGUAAAUAGAGGUUCAAUAUAAGCAACGUUAACAAGUCAUUGUAUUUUGUUUAAUGAUUUUGAAGAAUUAUACAACAGCUAUUAAAUAUUUACUGUUUUUAUCUUAACAUUUGUGUUACUGAUUAACAUGCAUUAAUAUAUAUGGGGGGGGGG